AUGACGAAUCAGUCAUCUAUAGCAAUUAAUGAGUUGGUCGACGAAGUCGAACCAACAAAUGAAGAAAUAGAAUCUUUGCCACAUGUUUCUGAUAGAAUACCUGUAAAUGUGUGGUUAAUUAUACUUUGUGAAUUUGCUUAUGGAUUUGCAUAUUACGGUUUAAAUGGUCAAUUUCAAAAUUACAUACAAUUUCCUGUUCCUGAUCAUAACGAUGGACAUCAUCAACCAGGUGCUCUUAAUAAAGGUCAAACAGUAGCUACAAGUUUAACAACAUUCUUUCGAUUUUAUUCGGCAUUAACAUCUAUGGUAGGUGCUAUUGUUGCUGAUCAAUAUAUGGGUAAAUAUAAGACAAUUGUUAUUUCUUGUUUUAUUUAUAUCAUCGGUUUAUUGAUACUUUUGUUAACAUCAAUUCCACAAUCACUAUCAAUUGGACUAGGAAUGCCUGGACUAAUUAUUGCAAUGCUUUUUCUUGGACUUGGAACAGGUGGAAUAAAAUCUAAUAUAUCUUCUCUCAUGGCUGAACAAUAUACACGUAAAAAACCAUUCAAAAAAGUAUCAAAAAGAAAUAUUGAAGUGAUUAUCAGUCCAUCUAUUACUACUGAAUCGAUGUUCCAUUAUUUUUAUUUGGUAGUCAGUGCUGGCUCAUUAGCAUCGAUUUUGACGACACUCAUUGAAAAAUAUCAUUCCUUUUGGUUAUCUUAUCUUGUUCCAUUCGUAGUGUUUUUUAUUGCCCUCAUAGUGCUGUUAACAGGACGUCAUAGAUAUGUGAAAAUUCCUCCAACUGGUUCACUUUUAGUCAAAUCAUUCAAUGCUAUACGAACAGCUUUUAUUCUUCGCCGAAAAUAUGGUAAAACAUUACCACGGAUGGCAUCUAUAUUAGACUAUAGUAAACCAUCAACGUAUACUUCGACAAAAGAAAAUUUUAACUGGGAUGAUACAUUCAUUGAAAAUUUGAAACAAGCAUUUAAUGCUAGUAAAAUAUUUUUAUUUUUUCCUAUUUAUUCUUUGUGUACCAAUCAGAUACAUGGAAAUCUUAUAUCACAAGCAGCACAAAUGAAUACAGGUCCAUUACCAAAUGAUGUCAUUAACAAUAUUGAUCCACUUAUUACUAUUCUACUUGUGCCAAUAUUUAACAAAGCAUUGUAUCCAAUGUUGAGAAAAAUGAAAAUUAAUUUUCAUAGUAUUUUACGUAUUACAAUUGGCUUUUAUAUGGUUUCAAUUGGAAUGGCAUGGACAGCUUUUGUACAAUCAAAAAUCUAUCAAACAAAUCCAGAUUUUAAUUUUAGUAAUCCAUCUAAUAAUCUAAAUGCUGCUUGGCAAAUUCCAUCGUAUUGUUUCACAGCUCUAUCACAUAUUUUUGCUUCAAUAUCAGCUUUGGAAUAUGCCUAUGUCAAGGCACCAUCUACAAUGAAAUCAGUUGUGACAUCAGCCUAUUUUAUUACACAUGCAAUAAGUUCAGCCUUGGGUUUUGUUCUCUUGCCAGUUACUGUCAAUCCAAAACUGACAUGGAUGUACACAGCAUUGGCAUGUGUAGCAUUUAUUGCUGGAACUUUGUUUCUCAUAUGUUUUCAUCCAAGAAACGCCGUUGUGCAUGUCAAAGAAGUUGAAAAUGCUGUUGUCAUUGAACAAGAAAAGGAUAAACAAGUGACAUUUCGUACCCUAAGUUUUGUAGAAGAUUAA